UCUCUGCUUAGGCAGGCAGCGCACCACACAGCCUGCUGAGAAUGCUUCCCCUUUGCCGUCACUGAGCACAGAAGGGCAAGGAGCAGGGGCAUGAUCACCUACACGUGGUCUGCAAAGUCAGACACUGGCCUCUCCCUUCAGCCAAGCCCCGGUUCCCAGAGAGCCUGGGAAGAAGGCAGAGAAACGCCAAGCACAGAGAUAAGUCAUCUCUCCACCCCUUCCCAGAGACACUCCCUGUUGGGCUACACGGGAGCCCUGUCUUGGGCCAGAGCAGAGGUGCCUUUUGACAAUCCUGCCUGGGGAGAGAGGGAAAGUAAGUCCUUUCCAUCAGAGGAAAUGCUUGACAGAAGGAACCUACAGAAGAUACUGUAGAAAACUCAGCAAAAGGGUUCUGAAAGAGUGUCAGCCACUGGCAAAUCUAUACAGCUAAGAUGCCAGUCAAUCUUCUGUCUCAAGACAACACCUGGAACCACAGACCACCACCGAGACAGCAAGCCCUGGAGCCGGUAGCCGCCUGUCUGGGGCUCCACCCACCUUUCAACACUACCUCUCCUGGGGACAGAAGACCCGACCCAUUUCAGUACCCUGCUUCAAAUGGCCUAGCCCUCAAUCCCACCCAUCAAGAGAUGCUGGCUCACCAAGCCCGGCCAAGGAAAAGCCAUCCUGCGGCUCAGGAGUCAGAAGCCCAGAAUGAAAUAGCCCCAGAAGAUGUUAAAUACCGCCUGGAGACCCUACCCAAGGCUCCACUCGAGCUCCAACGCCUAAGCUACUUCAGCCAGCCCAAGCCUCCAUGGAUUCACCUCAGUACAACCUAUGGAGAGAGCCACAAGCCCUGGACUUACUAUGGAGAGGAGCCCUCCCAUUCAGGUGACCACUACUUGACCGCUCCUCAUCAGAUUGCCUUCCAGAGCUCUCCCCUUGGUCAGUCAAUGUUCCCAGUUUACAUUCGGGGCCGAAAAAUUGCAUCAGUAAUGGAUCCAGACUACAGGAACUGUAUCAACCAGUAUGAGAGAGACUUCCAAGCUCCAGAGUGCAAUCAAGUCCUCAAACCUGACCCAGACAAGAGCAGCCAGGGGAUCAACAAAUAUAUCCAGACCCUGCGGAGGCUCCUGGCUCCUGUCUGGCAGCCCACUACGCACAGGCAUGAGAAGCUGAGCUGCCCGAAGCAGGAGACACCCACCCUGGGUGGGAAGAGGGCUGCCAAAUGUGAUGGAGACGCAGUGACCAGGAUGUCUUAUCUACCUCCUCCCCAAUCCCUGGAAAAAAGAGUCAAGGUUAACUGCCCCUCUAGCACAUUCAGGGUCUUCAAAGCCAAGCUCCAAGCCGAAACUCUCAGCAAGCAAUGCUUCCAGGACUGGGGAACUCAGCCCAGAGUACGCCAUGGAGACCUUCGUCACAGAAGCGAUGAGAAUGCCCUGGGUACGGCUUCACAGGCACCAGCUGAGGAUCAAACGACCACCAGGACCUCCUACCUGCCCUUAUUUUCCGAAAGGGUGAAACUGUGUAAGCCCAAGGUCAACAGCAUCAACUGUGAGAAACACACACUUCCUCCACUAAGCAGAGGAAGAUAUUCAGGUACAAAGGAGACACUGAGUCAGUCCCAGGUCAGCCCAGCUGCCGACAAGCCAGCUCCCGACAUAUUUAUGCCAAAAACAGGACUCAACACUAAAAAAAGAGGGGGAGACAGAGAGAGAUUGAGAGAAAGAAACUACCCAAAUAACCUAUGCAGAAAUGCACAGUUCAGGACACACAUGUCUUAACAAACUCAAAUGUAAAACUCAGGCCUCAAGAUAGCUACCUCACAGCCUAGAUUCAGCCUUCUCACUGGCAUUUCCCUGGCAAACCCUAACCCUAGUCCUGCUCUUUGACUAGGGUGAGUAACCUCUUUAGACAGGAAUGACGCCCUCUGUGUCCUAGAAGUUCAGUGCAUUCCAAGAAACUUGAGGAAAAAAAAGAUCAGAGUUUUUCCCUCUUGCUAAUGAGCCAACGGCAAAGCAUUAAGGCUUCUCAAAUCAGUAUCAUCAAUUAAUUAUAUUCUAUUUGAGAGACAGCCUCUGCUCACUACUGUUUAUUUCCCUUCAUAUUUUUUCAGACAUAUUUCACAUACUAUAAAACGUACUCUUGUAAAGUGUACAACUCUGCAGUUUUUAGUAUUGCUCACUGCUCCUUAAGUCUAAACUUCAAACUGAAGGACUAGGAAAAGAAAGAGAGUAAGAAGGUCUGAAUAUGAUUAAAAUUUUUUUAAAUUAUAAUAAUAAGUCUUCCAUGUAGAGAAAGGAUUCCAAAGCUCAAGUAAGGUAGAUCCUGUUCAAAUCUGAAUAGUAGGUGUGUCUCUUGAAAAUCUUUACCAAAUUGAAGUCAGGAUUGUUUCUAGAUCUAAGGCAAGGAUAAGAAGUAGAGGAAUCUGCAACUGAAGUUAGCCACCUAUAUCCUUGAAAGAUUCUGUGCGUGUGUUUUCUGUGUGUGUGUUAGUUGCUCAGUCAUGUCCAAUUCUUGGGGCUCCUAUAGACUA